AUGCAACAGAUACGAGAAAAGAACGUGGACAAAAAGAGAAAAGAUACGCUUGUCACAGGUGUAUGUAGAAAUGUAAAUGGUGCAAUAAAAAUUGUGUCAAAAGAUAAAAAAGGCCACAAGAAUAGUAGCAAUGUGGAAAUUAGCAACAAGAACUACAACAGUAUCGACAAAAACCUGAAUGAAAUGAGCGAAACUAGAAAGGUUAACCACAUUAACCGCACUGGCAACAGCAAUGAGGGGAACAGGGAUUUUUCUGUAAACAACAUUGAUAAUUUCGAGUUACAAUGUAGGAAUUACAUAGACGAUGUUUUAAAAAUACACGAAUAUGUGAAACUUCCGGAGAGCAUAAAUAAUGAACAAGACAAAAAAAGAUGGAAAAGAGCUCAUUGCUUAAGAAACAAAAUGAAAGAAUAUGAUCAAUUGACAAGAAAAAGGCUGUUCCAAAGCAAUAUGAUUAGUAAUAAAGCUAAAUUUAAUAGAGAGAGAUAUAUUAUUUUAAAUAAAAUCCCCAGAUAUAGAGAAGCAUUUCCGUUGCUUAUGGAUAAUGCAUCAAACAAAAUUAAGGAAGAUAUUAUUCGAACAUACCUUAGAACAUAUGCUGCUUACAUACACUCCCAAAGAAAAAAUGGAAACAUUAACAAUCUUAGAAAUGCUUAUAAUAAUAGGAACCUGAUAAAAAAAUACACUCCAAGCUAUGUUUGCAAAUAUAUGAAGAAUGACUUGAAUGAUGGUGGUUACCAUCCUUCACAUUAUUAUUACAAUUCCAAGUUACACACACCCACUGUUCAUAAUGUAAAGAAUCAUUCUAAAAUUAAAAAAAAAGAUUUAUCUUAUAAUUUGUGGAAAAAAAUUAUUCUUGAAGGUAUAAAAAAUGGGAACAUUACUGUGUCCAAGAAUAAACACUUGCACCACCCCUCACGUAGAAGAAAUGAAAAUGGAAUUCGCAACAAAACUACAGGUAGAAACACAUCAGGUAAUUACAGUAUAUUAGUUAACGGUUCCUACUAUGAUCUAAAGAACUUGUCAAACGAGAGGAACCAUCAUUCUGUUAAAGCGGAUCCUAGAAUCAUUGUAAGUAGAAAUAAAGAGACAAUUAAAAAAUUACAACAUAAUCCAAGCCAGAUUCCCAACAAAAUAUUCCUUCAUAACGAGAAGAGAGAAGAUGCAUAUGAACUGAACCAGAGAAAAGCGAACAUAAAAAUGAUUCCUUCAAACACAAAUACAAACACGAACACAAACACAAACACGAACACAAGCACGAACACAAACACGAACACAAACAUGAACACAAAGACUAUUAAAAAUGAUACUACGUGCUACAGCUCUUCUGGGAAGAUGAGCGAUAUACAAAUACGUGGGAAUCGUGUGCAGAAGAAAAUGCCCACAACUGUAUUAAACGGAUAUAGACAAUGUUCAAAUGAGAACUCGCAGUGUUCAGAUGAAUCAAUAAAUAGGUUUAUGCACAACAAAUGUAAUCUGAAAAAUGAGAAAUUCUUCUAUAGAAAAGAUAGGUUUUCUCUACUGGGGAGGAUUAAAAAUAAUAAGGAAAUUGAAGUCCGCCUUGUUCUGAACAAAGUCUGA